AUGCAACUUUCUGCUUUCGUGUUGGCGAUGCUAGCCGGCCUCACUCUUGCCACCCCAAUCGAUCAAGGCUUCGAAGAUGACGAUAUCUGGCUUGAACCCUAUGAGCUGGACGGAGAUAGUGGAACUGGAAUGAACAUGACGAUUCUGAUGGUACGAGAGGAUGGCCCAAAGAUGAAUGAAUAUGCGGGACAUCACUGCGGUGGCGAGCUACUCUAUCAUCACGCGCCCGCACGCCAAGUAUGUGUCGGCAUGUCCGGCAGGACCCAGUCUGUAUACAUUGUCAAUGGGAUUGGCGAUUCAAGAAGGGUCCACGCAUACUUCAAGGCGGGCCAGUGCGAUGGCGGCCCGGGAGGUCCAGGUACUUCCAAGAUUUGGGACGUGGACGUAAAGAACUGCUUUAGGGUGAAGCAUCCCGCACAACACAGGAGGAUUCGUGAUGUCAAGUUCGUGGAGAAUUGA